UGAAAUCACAGAUGAUACCCCUAAAUGUUUUAGUAAUUUAAUGAAAAAAUGUUGGGACUCUGAUCCUUUAAAAAGACCUCGUAUAGAAGCAAUUCGUAAAACUAUUGCUUUAUGGAAAUGUGCAAUGAAAAAUAUUUUACAUUCACAUAUUUAUCAAACUGAAAAUAUGGAAGAUGUUGAUAAAUUUAAUCAAGCUGAAGAAAUACGAUUGGGAUUAAUGAAGAUAAACGAGCUUGAUCCUAGAUUUACUGUAAACUAUCAUCCUGGAGCUAUUUAUACUAGCAGAUUAUUAAAUCCUUUAAUCUCGGAGUCAUUAUCUAUUAGUUUAUCAUCAUCAACUUCAUUUAAUAAGAAACAAGAGUAUACUUCAAAAGAUCUUGAGUCUGAUAUUAACAAUGUUAAACGGUCAUCUUUAUCAGAAUUAAAUUCUACCACUCAGAAUUCAGUGAAUAAUAUUCAAUGUCCAAAUGCGAUUUAUACCAGCAGAUCAUUAAAUGAAAUGUUGCCAAUAAAGCAAGAGUAUAGUUCAAGAGAAAUUGAACUUGAUAUUAAUGACGCUCAAUGGUCGCCUUUACCAGACGUAAAUUCUACAGUCCAAAAUUCAUUAUAUAAAAUUGCAGAGAUAAAAACUGAAACACAAAAUAAUGAAAAGCUUGUUUUGCAAGAUGAUUUAGGAACAGGUUUACAAUUAAAAUCACAGGAUCAAAUUAUAUGUAGAGAUGCGUCGAUUAACAACGCUAAUUGAUGUUUCGGAAGGAAGGACAGUCGAAUGGGCUCGACGACUUACAAUAAGGAUCCGGUUAAAGAGUUUGAUAAGUUGAAUACUGAAUUUAGUGAUAGAAUUAAGGAAAUUAGUGGUAAUACAUAAGGAUUUAAAGAUAAAGGUAAAGAAGGUGAAACAGGUAAUGAUACUUUGAACGUUAACAAAAAACGUAGUGCGCAAUCUCAGGGGGCUAGGGAAUUUAGAGAUACUGAUAGUUAUAAAGAAUAAAUAUAUUCAAUAGAGUAGUCUUUUAUACUGUAAUAAUUAGCUUAAUCACAAUAUAGUUAGUUUUUAUUUUUUAGUAUAGCCAAUAAUUAUGUAUUAGAUAGAUACU